GAUGUAGAAGGCUAAUGUUAACAAGCUAAUGUUGCCCUUGAAUGGAAGUUAGGCUAGUGAGCAAGCAUUUUAGCCAGGUAGCCUAGGACAACAAACAAAUUAAAAUGUACUGUAUAACAGAGUGCUAGAUUUUUUAAAACCUUUAUUUAACUAGGCAAGUCAGUUAAAGAACAAUUUUGUAUUUUCAAUGACAGCCUAGGAACAGUGGGUUAACUUCCUGUUCAGGGGCAGAACGAGAGAUUUGUAUCUUGUCAGCUCAGGGAUUUGAACUUGCAACCUUAUGGUUACAAGUCCACAACACAAGCGCUAAUUACUAAGUUACCCUGCCACCCCAGAUGUUUGAUCAACAUGAAAGAGGAGGAUGGCAUUGGCGUUUCUCUACAAGUAGGGUGUACACUCUGCCAUACACACCAGACUCUGCUGAAACCUGUCGCAACAAAACAGCUGAAUACUAUAACACACUGAUAAACCUGUGCUGCAGCAAGUGUGCUCCCGGGACACGCCUUAAGAAUGAAUGCAGCACUACCUCAGACACAGUGUGUGAACCAUGUCCCAGUGGCCAAUACAGUGGGACCUUCAAUUACUUCACAAAAUGCUUCAGAUGUCCCAAGUGUUCAGAAGACAAAGGCCUGCAGUAUGCCCAGGAUUGCUCUAGCACCACCAAAACCCAGUGUAUGUGCCAGACUGGGAAGUUCUGCAUAAUGGAACAACACCCAAACUGUAAGGAGUGUGGCAGUUAUACACACUGCCAGCCUGGCCAUGGUGUUGCCAUAGAAGGGACAACAGAUUCAGAUGUGAACUGUGCACCAUGCCCUAAUGGAACCUUCUCUGACCAGCACUCCUACACCCAGACCUGCCAGCACCACACAGACUGUGUGUCGCAGAGAAGGGGUGUACUGACUUAUGGUAACACCACAUCAAAUGCUGUGUGUGGACCUAAGGUUAGACCACCGACCCGCCCACCGACCACAAUUCCGACCUCUGGUACAGGGCAUACCACGCCAAGUCUACAGAACCUGCAUAUAGGGGGCAAAUCACCAGGUUUUGACCUUCGUAUAGUUUCAGGUGUUAUCGGAGGUGUUAUCGGAGGUGUUAUCCUGCUGCUGAUCAUAGGCACAGUCAUUUACAAGAAAGCUUUCAUAGGGUCCAGGCUUGUAUCUUCUAUAGAAGAUAGAAAUGGAAAUUGGGAGGCCAUUAAAUUUGAUAGUGACGGACCAAUGGUUCUUCAGAACAGUUCAUUCAUUACUAGCUAUCGGGAACAGCAGCAAUGUUUGAUGGGAAAGGGAAACUGCAGCAAUCCCAGUCAGGCAGAGAACCAGCAAGAUACUAGAAGGACCUGGGUGUCAGAGUGCUCCAACAGCCUGGAGGGCCUGUCAAUAGGCCCCCUUCAGUCCACUCCUCCACAGUCCAGCACCCAGCCCAGCCCUCAACCCACCAGCCCCCAGCCUACCAGUCCCUUGCCAUCUAGUCCCCUAGUUAAUGUCAACAUCACUGUUAACUACCCUGUGACCUUAGGAAAUGGGUCAUGCGCCACACCUACCAGCACCCACAUAGACUCAUCCCAGGCUGACCCUGAGCUCCCUCUAUCAAGGGAGGAGGAGGUGCAUGUCAACAUGCCACAGCAAGAGGGCGGAAAAGAGGCACUUACGGCAAUACAGGAGAGUGGAAAUUAUGUUUGAGGACUGGCAGCAGAUAGGACAGCACCAGACAAUAGAUUAUGUUUUAAUUAUAUUUUUUCACACUGGUUGUUGUCUCUGUUUUUAUAUGAUUGCUACUACUGUUGCUGACUGAAUUGGUGGAGAGAGACUGCACAGAAUGACUGUUCAUGUGUCUUAGGCAUGGACUUGUCAUAAUGUGCUGUGCUGGAAAGCCUUGAGCACCUGAAUAGAAUGUCAAUGACUGUUCAAAGAAUGAUUGAUAUGUGAGUAAUGUAUGUAAUUACUGUGAAUGUUGUAAAUAUACACUGAAAAAAUAUAUAAACACAACAUGCAACAAAUUAAAAGGUUUUACUGAGUUACA